UCAAUCAGCAUCUUUCUCCCUUAUGGUUUCGUGGGUGAAUCUUCUUCUUCUUCUUCUCCUUCUUCCACAGUAGCGAAUCAAUCCACAACAAUCGAUCGUUUCUUCUCUCUAUCUCUCCCUCGUUUCGAUUAGGGUUUACUUCUCUAGCUUCUUGCUCGCGUGCUUCCGUCGAUUGGGUUGGGAUUUUUCAAUGCCUGCAAGCUCUUUAGCGGAAUCUGUCACCGAAUACCCUAGGCACUGCCAAGCUGCUAAUUUUCGCCUGCGGUUCUGGCUUAACUUGGAGAGUUAGAAUCCUCAUCAUCCUUUUCGCUUUUCCUGAUGGCUCCGAGCCGCAAGAAAGGCGGUGGUAAGGCUGCGGCCGCAGCAUCCGCCCGGCGACAGUGGAAGGUCGGCGAUCUCGUGCUUGCCAAAGUCAAAGGACAUCCUGCUUGGCCUGCCGCCGUUAGCGAACCAGAAAAGUGGGGCUACUCAGCCGAUUGGAAGAAAGUGUUGGUUCACUUUUUUGGUACACAACAGAUAGCUUUCUGCAAUCCUGCUGAUGUUGAAUCGUUUACUGAAGAGAAGAAGCAAUCGCUUUUGACAAAACGGCAUGCGAAAGGUUCAGAUUUUGUUCGUGCAAUUAAAGAGAUCACAGAGAGUUACGAAAAGCUGAAGCAGCAGAACGAAGCUAAUGAUCCUAAAUCUGCUGAAGAAACAACUGUUGGAAGUUCUGGGAAUACUAUAGAGCCUCAGGCCUCUGAAAAUCUAAUUGACAUUCGAAUAGAGUCAAAUUCUUGUCAUGGUAGAGAUGAAUCGACUUUUCUCAGCGAGGAUGCUUCAGCUGCUGAACAAAUGCUAGCUCUGCGUCAUAACAGUCUAGCUCGUAAUGGACCCUGUGAUAGUGCAGCAGCUAAAGAUCUAUGUGAGAUAGCUACAUAUUCGUCAAAGAGAAGAAAUGGAAGGGUACAGUCUCAAAAGUGUGCUCCACAGAAGAUAGUUCAGCAAUCUAAAAUCUCAUCAAGGUUGGAAUUGGAUAAGCUUCCAAGGUCCAUGCUUCGAUGCAGCGAUGGGGGCCACAGUGUCAAUGAUAUAGAUGAUGGAACUACAAGAAGGAGAAAGAGGAUCCAUAGGUCCGGUCAUUCUGAAUCAGAUGAUGUGGUUUCAUCAGCUCUAAAUUUGCACGGAUCUGAUGAGGAAAACGCAUCUGAAAUUGCUACAGUUGAAUCUGACAAUAAUAGUAGGCAUGAAGGCAUUGGUGUGGAUUCUGGUUCCAGACUCCAGCAUUCUGAUGCGGUUGGUGAGGACUUUGAAGGAGGUCAUGAGCUCAACAAAGGGCUUGAUUUCCAAAUUAGUACCAUGGUUAAGAGGAAGAAGAGGAAGCCUACCAGAAAACGCGAGACCAGUGACCUUAUAGACCCUCCUGCUAAAGUUGAAGCAGAAGAAGGUUCUGGAUCCAAGGCGUGUGAUAGCUCCCAGGGAUCUCAAAAUUCUCAUGAAACGCUGAAUGAGAGGCCAUGUGAAGAGAAUGGUGAUGAACACUUGCCUCUGGUAAAGCGAGCCAGAGUUCGAAUGAGUAGAGCUUUUUAUGCUGAUGAAGAGGUCAAUGCCUCUUCACAGUUUGAAGAAAGAUUAUCGAAAGACACUCUAACAACGGAUGCCAUGCUGACAAGCCCUUCGGUUAAUCAAAAAAAUGAUAUUGUAUCUGGUCAUGAUACUUCUCCGGCUAUAGAAUUUAACAGCAUUGAGUUGUCUACUAAGCUCCCAGUUGAUAUGGUUGAUGUAUUGCCUUCUCAUAUGGAGAAACCUUCUGGCAAAAUGUCUCCGUCUAGGGCCUCAGAUCAGACUGCUAAGGAGCUUCAUGAGAACGAAUUUAGCAUGACGCCAGAUGAUGAAGUAUGUCGAGCACAAUCGAAUCAACUUAACAGUUCGCCAGAAGGGAACACUCGUGUUUCUGAAGUAGUUCAGGGUUGUUCGGAGGAAUCGCAAACCAUGAACUGUGUAAAUAGUGAGUCCGAUCUUAUUGACAUGCAAUGCUCACGUCAAUGUGAGAAAUACGGAACCCCUUUGAAUCCUGAUAAUGUGGAUUCAUCUGCAAAUAAUCCCCCGAGUUUAUGUUCGGAUUUGGAUAUGACAGCAUCAAGGGUACCUGCUCAAUCUCCUCACCAACACCAAAACGAGGACAAUGAUUCUUGUGACUGUUCAUUGGUCGUUGCUGGAGAUUCUUCCCUGAAAGAAAAAUGUGAGAAAAAUGAUAAUAUGACUCAGAUCGUUCAGUCCCAAGCUAUAGAACAUUCUCCGUUGUUCUGUUCGGUGGUGAAUAAUCAGGAGGCUGAAAACAUGCAGGAGACUGAAAACACUCUACUGAAAAAACAACAAGGAAGUCUGGGUAAAGAAGUUGAUAGUGACAAACAAGCCCAUAUAAAACAGGAUCCGGCCCUCUCUGCUACUGAGCGUGAUAUGAUCGUUCAAGAGACGGAACCUCGGUAUGAAACAGUGUACUGUGAAGAUGUUUUGGAGCUGGAAAAGAGCUGUGAGGCGGAUGAGCAGAAAGAGCAGAUCCAAGCGACUAAAUCUGUCUCAGUGUCUGAAAACCUUUCACGUGAAAUAAUGAGUUUAUCUCCUGACUCUCCUGCAAGGGGUACUUCACAUAGCAACUCAGUUUGCCAUAUGUCUACUGUAGAAAGUGCAAAUGUUAUGCAGAACAACAAUAAUUGCAGCGCCAAUAUUCAGUUUGGUGAGAAAAAAACUAUGAGUGAUGACACUGUCAUAGAAGAAAGGAAAGUUGAAACAGGUAUACCUCAGGUGAAGAAAGUUGUUAGUUCUGAUGUGCAAUUCACUAUUGAAUCUUUUGAGACCGCACUUGGCUCGUUGGUGAGGACAAAGGAGACCAUUGGCCGUGCAACUCGUUUGGCUAUGGACUUGGUGAAAUUUGGUAUGUCGGCAAAGGCGAUGGAAAUUCUGGCUCAUACUUUGGAAAGCGAGUCUAAUUUACAAAGGAGGGUGGACUUAUUUUUCCUUGUGGAUUCUAUUGCUCAGUGCUCCAAAGGUGAUACUGGUGGGGUUUAUCUUUCAUCUAUUCAAGUUAUGCUGCCUCGCCUAUUGGCUGCUGCGGUCCCAGCUGGAGCUAUCACACAAGAAAACCGGAGACAGUGCUUGAAGGUUUUGAGGCUUUGGCUCGAAAGACGGAUACUUCCUGAAUCUGUUGUUCGUCACCAUAUUAAAGAACUUGACUCACAUAGUAAUGCUCCUGCUUGUCUCUAUUCUCGGCGCUCGGCUCGAACAGAAAGGGCGCUGGAUGACCCUGUUAGAGAUAUGGAGGGUAUGCUGGUGGAUGAAUAUGGAAGUAAUUCAACUCUCCAGCUUCAUGGAUUCUGCAUGCCUGCAAUGCUUAAGGUUGAAGACGAAGGAAGUGACUCGGAUGGGGGUGAUUUUGAGUCUGUCACCCCUGAACAUGAGUCUAGAAUCCUUGAAGAACAUGUCACACCCUCCAUUACUGAAAGGCAUACCCGUAUUCUGGAAGAUGUUGACGGCGAGCUUGAAAUGGAAGACGUGGCUCCACCUUGUGAAGUUGGAAGCAGUGCAAUCACUGAUCAAGCUGGUAAUAAAGAGUCUGCAAAUUGUCAGUCUGUCUCUGGCACGUCAUCUCCACCAGCUCCCCCUUCACAGAAUGCUCAGUGUGCCAUGUCUGACUCUUACUCAAAUGGCUUUGAUUGCAGAGGAUAUCCCAGCAUGCAUGGAGAUCAACAGACCGGUCUUCCAAGGAUGAAUCCACCUAUGCAAUACCGAAGUCCUGAAUCAUCUUAUAGUUCCCGUGCAUCUUUGUCAAAAAGCAUGCCACGCGGCGGGGAGGGCUGUAACUUCCAGCAUAGGCCUUAUCCAUCUCCUCAUCCCCAACCUCCGCCUUCACAUCACUAUUCAUAUAUGGAGCCGGACCACCAUAUAAAGCCGCGGAGAGAAGGUCCAUCAUACCCUCACAGAUCCUAUUACACGCCGGAUUUUGAAGAAAGGAAUUAUUAUGAUAGCCGUGAGAGAACGAGGCCUGCACCAUGUGAGAAUCAAGACAAUUGGAGAUAUCAUACGCCCUCUUCUCAUGGUCCACGAUAUCAUGACAGACACAAAGGCUUUUAUCAAUCCAGCUCACACAGUGGCCAUCACCGUGACUCUGGAAGGUUUCAGAACCAGAGGUGGAGUCAUUCUCCGCGUGCAUAUAAUAAUAGACAGUCUUAUCACUAUAAGCCGCAUUCGGAAGGUCCUGUUCCAGUAGCAAUGAGAGAUCCGGGCACUUGGCAUCAGAGAUGAGUUGCAGAUGGACAGAAGGCGGAACGACGUGUGUAAUAUAAAAGAGACAUUGGGCUAGUUGUAUGGAAGAAUUAGGGAGAAACAAAGAACGUUAGGUGUUGUUUGGCUCAAAUAUGCUUGGCCACUUGAGAGAGAGAGAGAGAGAGAGAUGUUAUAUAAUCCAAGGCUUUGUUUAGGGAGGAGGGAGGGAGGG